AUACGAAGAAUUUAUUAAUUACAUGUACGCUUCUCUUUCUCUGUGUCUCAUUCUCUUUCUUCGUCGCCUCUCCGACUCUUGUUUUGUUUUUGAGGGCGGGAACUUCACUUGCCCCCAAAUCAUCCACCCAACUCCUUUCGCUCUUGCACUUUCUCUCUUUUUUAGGGUUUUCCAACUCGAAUUCCACCAAUUGAACUCUCAUUUCUAAUGAAAAUGAUGAAAAUUCUAGGGUUUUAAUUUCAUUUUUCAAGCUAUUAGUUGUGAAGGCAGUCUGAAAGCAAUCCUCUCUUUAAAAUUUUAAAAAUGAAUGGUUUUCGUAAGGGCGCUAAUGUUUGGGUUGAAGAUAAAGAGUUGGCUUGGAUUCCAGCUGAAGUUGUUGAUUUUGUUGGCAAGCAAGUUCAAGUUGUUACUUCAUCUGGAAAGAAGGUUCUAUCAUCUCCAGAAAGGUUGCUCUUGAGGGAUCCAGAUGCAGACCUCGGUGGAGUUGAUGACAUGACCAAAUUGGCGUAUUUGAAUGAGCCAGGAGUUUUGUAUAAUCUAGAGAGAAGAUAUGCGUUGGAUAGCAUUUAUACUUACACUGGAAGCAUUUUGAUUGCUGUAAAUCCUUUCACCAAACUACCACAUCUCUAUAAUGUGCAUAUGAUGGAGCAAUAUAAGGGAGCACCAUUUGGGGAGCUGGAUCCUCAUGUUUUUGCAGUAGCUGAUGCAUCAUAUAGAGCAAUGAUGAGCGAGCAGAGAAGUCAGUCAAUAUUGGUCAGUGGUGAAAGUGGAGCAGGAAAAACAGAGACAACAAAACUAAUCAUGCAGUAUCUUGCUUAUAUGGGUGGUCGUACUUCUGGUGGUGAUAGAUCAGUAGAGCAACAAGUGUUGGAAUCAAAUCCACUAUUGGAAGCAUUUGGUAAUGCGAGGACAGUGAGAAAUGACAACUCAAGUCGCUUUGGCAAGUUUGUUGAGAUUCAGUUUGAUGUGAAUGGUAGAAUAUCUGGUGCUGCCAUUAGGACCUACCUUUUGGAGAGAUCUCGUGUUGUUCAAAUUACAAACCCUGAACGAAAUUAUCACUGCUUUUACCAACUGUGUGCAUCCAGAGAGGAUUCAGAGAGGUACAAGCUUAAACAUGCAAGCCAAUUCCAUUAUUUAAACCAGAGUAAGAUAUAUGAACUAGAGGGGGUCAGCAAUCAAGAAGAAUACAUGAAAACACGAAGGGCAAUGACCAUUGUUGGCAUAAGCGAGGACGAACAGGAAGCAAUAUUUCGUGCGUUGGCUGCUAUUUUGCAUUUGGGUAACGUUGAAUUUUCUCCCGGAAAAGAGCAUGACUCCUCAAAAAUAAAGGACCAGACAUCUAGUUUCCAUCUUCAGAUGGCUGCCGAUCUUUUCAAAUGUGAUGUCAAUCUUUUGCUUUCGUCGCUUUGUACAAGAUCAAUUCAAACUCGUGAGGGCACCAUUGUCAAAGCUUUGGAUUGUAAUGCUGCUUUUGCUAGCCGUGAUGCUUUGGCUAAGACUGUUUAUUCUCGUUUGUUUGAUUGGCUUGUUGAGAAGAUUAAUAAGUCUAUUGGGCAAGAUCCAAAAUGUCGUGUACAAAUUGGACUUUUGGAUAUAUAUGGCUUUGAGUGCUUUAAGCACAACAGUUUUGAGCAAUUCUGUAUCAAUUUUGCCAACGAAAAGCUCCAACAACACUUUAAUGAGCAUGUUUUUAAGAUGGAGCAGGAAGAGUAUAAUAGAGAAGAGAUCAAUUGGAGCUAUAUUGAGUUUGUUGAUAAUCAGGAUGUUCUUGACUUGAUUGAAAAGAAGCCAAUUGGGAUUAUUGCUCUUCUGGAUGAAGCUUGUAUGUUUCCAAAGUCGACUCAUGAGACAUUUACUACCAAGCUAUUUCAAAAUUUUCCGUCUCACCCUAGGCUGGAGAAGGAAAAAUUCUCACGUACAGAUUUCACUGUCUCUCAUUAUGCUGGCAAGGUUACUUAUCAAACUGAGACAUUUCUCGAUAAAAACCGUGAUUAUGUUGUUGUGGAACAUUGUCACGUUUUAUCCUCCUCUAAGUGCCCCUUGAUUGCCGGUCUUUUUCCUUCAAUGUCUGAGGAGACAUCUCAAUCAUCAUAUAAGUUUUCUUCUGUAUCCUUAAGGUUUAAGCAACAACUUCAAGCGUUGAUGGAGACCCUUAGCUGUACGGAACCUCACUAUAUUCGUUGUAUCAAGCCAAACUCAUUAAAUCGACCUCAUAUUUUUGAGAACCGGAGCAUCUUACAUCAACUGCGCUGUGGGGGUGUCUUGGAAGCAGUGCGAAUAAGUCUCGCUGGUUAUCCCACCAGAAGAACUUAUGCUGAAUUUGUGGAUCGCUUUGGACUUCUAGUGCCAGAGGCCAUGGAUGGAAGUUAUGAUGAAAAGACCAUUACCCUUAAAAUCCUACAGAAGUUGAAGCUUGAAAACUUUCAAUUAGGAAGAUCAAAAGUUUUUCUUCGUGCUGGUCAAAUUGGUGUACUAGAUGCUCGAAGGACUGAGGUUCUGGAUUCUGCAGCUAGGCAUGUACAGGGACGAUUCAAAACGUACAUAGCACACAGAGAUUUUAUAUCCACACGAGCUGCAGCAUUAUUUGUUCAAACAUAUUGCAGAGGUUGCCUUGCUCGAAGCAUGUACACAAAAAGAAGAGAUGAACGUGCUGCUACUAUUUUGCAGAAAUAUGUUCGUGGGUGGCUAUCAAGAAUGGCCUAUUUACGGCUGUACAGAGCAGCUAUUGUACUUCAAUCAUGCAUAUGUGGGUUCUCAGCCCGACAAAGAUUUUUAUUUGGCAAGGAGCAUAGAGCUGCGACCUUCAUUCAGUCUCAUUGGUGGAUGUUCAAGGUCCGUUCAGCUUUUUGUCAACAUAAAAAAGCAAUUAUUGCUGUACAAAGUCUUUGGAGGUGUAAGAUGGCAAGACAAUUGCUUAGAAGGCUCAAGAAAGAGGCUAAUGAAGCUGGCGCCUUACGCAUGGCAAAGACUAAACUCGAAAAGCAGCUUGAAGAUCUCACACUAAGGUUGCACUUGGAGAAGAGAUUACGGGUCUCAGUUGAAGAGGCAAAAGUAGCUGAAAUAACGAAACAACAGAGGAUUAUAGAAGCUCUCAAUUUUGAGUUAGAAGAAGCCAAGUUGCAGACUAUUAAACAGGGCACUAAAAAUACACAGCAUCAAAGUGAAUUAGAAUUGUCCAUGAAAGAAAAAUAUGAGCUCCAAAAGCAACUUGAGAACAUGGAAGAUUUCAAGAAGGAAAAUGCAAUCUUGAGGAAUUCUUUGGAAGAGUUGGAGCAUAAGAAUGUUUCUCUGGAGGCUCAGUUGGCAAGUAGCUUGAAAGAGAAUAAUCAUACUAUGCAAAAGUUGCGUGGUGUCGAACAAAAGUUUGAACAGUUGCAGCAGAACAUGCGAAGUAUGGAGGAUAAACUGUCAAAUUUGGAGAAUGAAAAUCUUGUAUUACGGCAAAAGGCACUGAACAUGUCACCAAAGAGAAACCGUCCUGGUUUUGUAAAACCCUUAUCUGAUAUUUACUCGAAUGCACUGGGUCUUACAUACCUUGAUAAGAAGUCUAUCUAUGAGACACCCACGCCAACAAAACAAACCCCAGCUUCUCAUGGACUAUCAGAUUCACGUUGGUCAAAGUUGACUGUUGAAAAGCAUCAGGAAAAUUACGAGUUCCUCUCCAAAUGUAUCAAGGAUAAUAUGGGAUUCCAAGAUGAUAAGCCUGUGGCUGCUUGUGUUAUUUAUAAAUGUCUUCUUCACUGGCGUGCGUUUGAGUCAGAGAGGACAACCAUCUUUGACCACAUUAUUGAGGGCAUCAACAAUGCCUUGAAGGUUGGAGAUGAGAAUGAGACAUUACCGUAUUGGUUAUCAAAUGCUUCAGCACUUUUAUGCAUCCUCCAGAGAUGUUUAAGGUCAAAUAGUUUCUUGAAUGCAGCUUCAAAUCGUGCUGCUGGAUCUGCUGGUCUAAGUGGGAGGCUUGCUCAAGGUAUAAAGACUCCCUUGAAGUUUAUCGGCUUUGACGAUGGUGUAUCACAUGUUGAAGCAAGAUAUCCAGCUAUUCUGUUUAAGCAACAGUUAACUGCUUCCGUUGAAAAGAUAUUUGGGUUGAUUCGUGAUAAUUUGAAGAAAGAAAUAUCUCCAAUUUUAGCACAUUGCAUACAGGCUCCAAAAGCUACACGCGGUGGAAAGUCAUCCAGGUCACCUGGUGGUGUGCCACAGCAGCUAUUAAUUAAUCAAUGGGAUAGUAUUGUAAAGUUCUUGGAUUCUCUCAUGAAUCGUUUACGUGAUAAUCAUGUACCGUCUUUUUUUAUCCGCAAGCUCAUCACCCAGGUUUUCUCGUUUAUCAACAUCUCUCUGUUUAAUAGCCUUCUGCUACGACGUGAAUGCUGCACUUUUUCAAAUGGUGAAUAUGUAAAAUCUGGUUUAGCAGAACUUGAGAAAUGGCUUGCAAGUGUGACAGAAGAGUUUGCAGGGACUGCCUGGCAUGAGCUGAACUAUAUCAGACAAGCUGUUGGUUUUCUGGUAAUUCAUCAGAAGAGAAAGAAGUCUCUGGAAGAGAUAAAGCAGGAUUUAUGCCCAGCAUUAACUGUAAGACAAAUCUACAGAAUAAGCACUAUGUACUGGGAUGAUAAAUAUGGCACCCAAAGUGUCUCCAAUGAGGUGGUGGCUCAAAUGAGGGAGAUGUUGAAUAAAGAUAACCAAAAUCUAGCGACCAACUCAUUCUUGUUGGAUGAUGAUCUCAGCAUACCGUUUUCUACUGAUGAUAUAUCAAAAGCCAUCCCUGUUAUAGAUCCCAUGGAUGUCAAACUCCCAGUAUCCUUAUCAAAUGUUCCUGCUGCUAAAUUCUUGCUCGAAGAUAAUGCAGUUGCGUUGCUAUCUCCAGCUGCUUCAUAGUCAACAGAGUACUUUCGGAAUAUAAUCUAAUCAAAGCAGAUUUCUCACUUGUUUUUCGGACGAGUUUGUACAUGAAAUACAUAGAUUCAGGUUUAACCAUCAUAGACUAAUGGUAAGUUAUUGCGACGCCUCCCUUUCAUGGUCUUUCAACGCAAAAUUCUACGAGGGACGAGGAGAAAGGUUACCGUCGUUGAUAAAUGUGAAUGUGGUUGGAACUACCAUUACCGUGACGUUGUAAUCAGUGCUGCAUUUUGUUGAAGCUCAUGGUUACCAUUGUUUUUAUUUUAAUUCAUGGAUAGCCACUACAUUUUCGAUGUACCUAUGCUCAUACACCAGAUUUAAGUAAUUUACUUGUCUGAUUUGUUUGUACAUAUGUAGGUAUUGCAGUGAUGAUACCAUUUAGCUGAACUAGGAUUAUGACCUUAAUUUGUAUUUACUUCUACUUCGAGAUUCGAGGAAUUGUGUAUAUCAUUUGGUAAAUCAUGAAGCGUCACGCUCGUAUACACAAUAACACAACGAGAGUGAUAACUUCAUCACUAAAUAAUAAUAAAUUGAACAGAUACAUUUUUUCUUUUUUUUUUUUUACCUUUUAUUUUACAAAUGUUUAUCAUGCCUUUUCGUUAAAGACAUGGAUAUUAUUGACACGGUGUAUUUAGGAAAAGGGUGUGAUGUUUUUUCACGUAUAAAGUUUUGGAUCAAUUUUUCCAUUUCUUAUUGGCAAUGAGGAAGAUAAGAAGUGAUGUGUAUCAUUACCCUAAUAAAUAUUGACAACGUUGUAACUGCAAUUCUAAAAUCACAACUAGAUUUGGAUUUUGUCUCGAUUGAGAAGAAAAAGUAAUACUUUUAGGUAAUUGUUUAUGUGUUUAAUUUUUGCCUAGCCUAUUCAUUUCAAUUUAUUUUAUUUUCUAUUAUAGUCUGUUCAUUUUUAUUUUAGAAUGACUAUUACUAUUACUCUCAAUAUAAUCAUUCUUAUUUUUAAUAAUUUUACCAGUUUAAGCAUUUAAAUUAAUUUUCUUAAUCUUCGUGCAAUUUGUAAGCGAGGUAAAAUGACCAGGAGACUGGGACCUAGAGAGCAAUAAGUAAAACAC